GUAUUUAAAUCCCAUCAUAAUAUCUUAUAUCAAUUUGAUUAUGAAUCGAUUCAUAUAAUUAAAAUAUUUAAAAAAAAUGUUUUAUAGAAAUGAGCAUACUUAACAUAAUUCAUGUUGUCACUUCAAUUGCUGUUGUGAAGGAUUGUGAUUUUGUUUUGUUUUACUACUUUUACUAAAUGAAAGCAGUUAUAGUCGUUAAUAAAAAUGGAAAACUCGAAAAAUAUAUAUUGUAGGUUUUGUGCCGAACAAAAGAGCGCGGAAAAAAUGUUGAAUCUGUUAAAAGACACAGAGAAAUAUGAUGAAAUCUUAACCAAGUUGAAUUUUUUAAAUGCUCUAUAUGUUGAAGUCUCUAAUAGAGAUUCUUUGCCGAAAACUAUGUGUUUUGUUUGUUACGAUUCAUUAAACAUGGCAUAUGACUUCCUGGACAGAGUUAAAAAGUCACAAGAAGUUUUAUUAAAUUUGUUCCCUGAAGACACCGAAAAAUGCGACUUAUCAGACGACGAAAGAAUGAUGGGCUUCGACGAUAUGCUAACCACCGAGGUAACAAACGAUAAAAACAUAAUCAAACAGGAAAAUUUAGAUGAAAAAGUAACCGACCAAGAUAAAACAUGUAUAGAAGUUAAAAAAGAACCAAAGGAUGAAAUUGACGGAGUUUUGAAUAUGAAUCAAGAUAGUGAAAUUUAUGAUCAGACUGUAAAUGUACAAUAUAUAUUAGAUGCUGCAAUGUGUAAUGUUCCUUAUCCAGAAGACACAUUAUAUGCGAAAGAGGUCAAAGAUGGGAGCAAGAGAUCUGUGUCCAAUUGGAAAGAAUAUCCCUGGCUGUGUGCACAUUGUAAUAUAGAGUUCCUCGAUAUUGUCACAUUACGCUUGCACUCUAAAAUGACCCACAGCAAAUGCAAUGCCUUCGUAUGUAUAGAUUGUGAUAAUUAUGGAAAUGGAGAUUUUGAUUAUUUUAUUAAACAUGUUAAAUUACAUAGAAAAAGAUUGAGAAAGAGAUGUCACUACUGUGAUGAAUCAGUGACUGAGGAUUUACUACCAUCACAUAUACAGGACCACUUUCAAAAGAAUCAAGUAUCGUGCACCAUGUGCGGUGAAAUAUUGAAAAAUAAUGAAUCACUACAGAAACAUCUCGGUGAGUACAAUUCAACAAAAGUAAAAAGAAAACCACGCAGGAAACGUGGAACACCGUUAACUAUAGAGGAUUUAACUUGCAAAUUGUGUAAAAAAGUCUAUAAGAAUCCCAACAGCUUACGUGACCAUAUGAAGAUACAUACUAAUGACAGGAAAAGGAACUAUACCUGUGAUAGAUGCGGUAAAAUGUUUUAUAAUAAAGGAACUCUCACGUCACAUAUCAUGGCUCAUGAUCAAGUCCGUCCACACAUAUGCAGGAUAUGCAACAAAUCCUUUUUAUUCCCAAACAUGCUACGACGGCACGUGGAAAUGCAUUCAGGUAUAAAACCUUUCUCAUGUGAACAGUGUGGCAGGUGUUUUAGGUUACAAUACCAAUUGAAUGCACACAAAAUAAUCCACACUGAUUCAAUGCCUCACGUUUGUCAAUAUUGCAAUAAGGCGUUCCGUUUUAAACAAAUAUUAAAGAACCAUGAACGACAACAUACCGGUGCUAAACCAUAUUCUUGUAAAAGUUGUAGUAUGGAAUUUACAAAUUGGUCGAAUUAUAACAAACACAUGAAAAGACGGCACGGUUUAGACACAUCAAAGAAGAAAAUUACCCCAGAAGGGGUAUUUCCUAUAAAUCCCCAAACCGGUGAACUUGUUCAGUUCAAUGAUGCUGGCACUGAAGAGUGGAAAACCAAAAUCAUGAUACCUGGUAAACGAGGGAAAAAAAAAAUAAUAAAAAAAGAAGAAAUUAUUUAGAAAUAGAGCGAUUAAAUAACACAUAGCUUUAGCAAUUAGCCUAGUGUGCUUAAAUUUGGCUAAUUAAUGUACAAAAUAGUGUUCAUAAUAUACUAUCAUGGCCGUCUAUAUUAUCUUAAGUUAUUGAAGUGGUAAAUAAACAUGAGAAAUAUACACCUCAUUAAG